AUGAUUGAUAAAGAUUCAUUAUAUACUGAUGAUUAUGAUGAGAAGGAUAUUAAACACGAUGACAUUCCUGAGAAGAUGGGUGAGCAUAGCUGGCAUCGUAUAAAGAGAGAGUUGGAGGGAGAAUUAGCCUACCAACUCAACAAUAUAUGUUUCAAAAGUAGUAAAAAACUCACUAUAAAACAACGUUAA